AUUGUUUUAUAUAUGCGCAACAUCUCGAAACCGUUUGGAAUAUUAUGCGCUUUAUAGCACAUUCAAAGCUACAUUUCAUGUCUCAAAUUGGAAUAAUAACGCACAUCUCCUGUGUAUUUGAAAGCAUCACGUGCGUCACUUUUUAAGGACAUGAACUGAGGUUUGUUUUGGUUUACGCUGGUUUAACUAAGACAGAAACGUUGACAAUGUUCGUUUUGAAUAUUUUAUCCGAAUGCACUUGAGGCCCAAGGUAAUAAAUGGCACUUCCAGGCCCGAAAACAGACCUCCCAUGUUUCUUCACCGAGUGAGCUCCUUCAGUUCCUGUGUUCGUCCCAGAGGGCACCCGGCUUUCCGCCGGGCCUCCUCCCACCACCACCCGUUCACCCCUCACCCUCAUCCAUGGUGGUCAGCCCCCAGAUUCCCACCCUGGCCUCCUCGCCUUCCCCCACCUUACCCACCACCUUACCCACCUCCUUGUCCACUGUUCACUGGUAACAGGUUCCCCUUUGUGAAUGCUGGUGGUCUGCAGUCAUUCCACACCUCUGUGGAUGUCAUGAUGGAGCGACCCGGCAGAGAACCUCCAACCAAACGAUUGAAAAGUGGCCAGGACAGGAAUAGUGUUGGGAAAAAUGUUUCAUCCAGGGAUGGAGGAGCGAGGGAAACGAGGGCCAAAGCCAGGGAGAGAGAGUCAAAGCAAGUACAUCAUCAUCGGGAUUUCAGAAGAGACGGCGAACUUCCAGCGAACCACCGGUUCUCCGGAAUUGGAGAAAAAUCAAAAACCGGAGCUGAGAAAGUUUGCAGCAGAGAAAGAACUAAAUGUGAGAGAAAAAGCAGCAGCGAUAGAACAAAAAACCAGCAAGCUGCAGGAUCCAGGACUGAGCAGGAGAAAUCCAACAUCUGGUUCCGAGGCAGGCCUGCUGAGGAGCAGUGGAGCCUUCAGCAGAACCAAACCGGGUCGGCAGAACCAGACAAGGUUGGCGGUUUUGAUGCAAGGAGAGGGGCGGGGCCUCAGUACCAGCCUUCCAGUUCGAUUCAAGCAGACGGACGACCUCCACAGACCGCUAAAGGUCUUCAGAGGUACUGGGAGACCUGCAGUACUGAACCCCAGCCACCAGGGGACAGCAGAGUCUUUGACUUCUCUGUGAUGUCCUACAACAUCUUGUCCCAGGAUCUGCUGCAGGAUAACGCCUACCUGUACCGACACUGUGACCCCGCCGUUCUGCCCUGGCCGUACCGGCUGCCCAACCUGCUGGCAGAGAUCCAGCAGCACGACGCCGACAUUCUGUGUCUUCAGGAGGUUCAGGAGGAUCAUUAUCAGAACCAGAUCAAACCAGCUCUACAGGCUUUAGGGUACCAGUGUGAAUAUAAGAAGCGGACCGGGAGGAAGCCAGACGGCUGCGCCAUCACCUUUAAAUCGUCCCGCUUCUCGCUUGUCUCCUCAACGCCGGUGGAGUUCUAUCGCCGCGGCGACGCCCUCCUGGACCGGGACAACGUGGGCAUGGUGGUCGUGCUGCAGCCAAACGCCGGCGCCGCCCGAUCCGACGCGUCCUGCUCCAUCUGUGUGGCCAACACUCACCUGCUCUACAACCCUCGCCGUGGCGACAUCAAGCUGGCUCAGCUGGCCAUCCUAUUGGCCGAGAUCGGCCGGCUGUCCCGCCUCCCUGACGGCUCCACCAACCCGGUGAUCCUCUGCGGGGACUUUAACUCGGCGCCGUGGAGCCCGCUGUACCGCUUCCUGACCACAGGCUCUCUGAAGUACAAGGGGAUGCAGAUUAACACGGUGUCGGGUCAGGAAAGCAGUCCCAGAGGUCACCGUUUCCUCACCCCUCCCAUCUGGUCCCCCGGACUGGGAAUCAACCAGUGCUGCCAGUAUGAGAGCAAACCAGCAGAGGAGCCGCGUCCCAGCAGCCCUGCAGCUGUGGAAGGAGGAAUCUCUAACCUGACGGUAGACGAUCCGGCCCCCCAAGCCUCAGCUGAUGUUACCAGUUCAGAGCCAAACUGCUCCAGAUACAGGAUCAAACAUGACCUGAAGCUGCAGUCGUCUUACGGGCACCGCCUUCUGCCGGACGGCCGCCCUGAGGUCACCACCAGCCACUCACGCACAUCCCUGACCGUGGACUACAUCCUGUACAGCUCAGAUAUAAACGCAACCCCUUCACUUCCUGGUGGGCGGGGCCUCCAGCUGCUGGGCAGGCUGUCAUUGGUUGGCCAAUCAGAGCUGGAGGAAGUCCACAGACUUCCCAACUGGCAUCACUCAUCGGACCAUCUUCCUCUGCUGGCCAGCUUCCGCCUGGGUCCAGACAGCUGAAGGAAAAACUGGGUUCAGUCCAACCUCUAGAAAAAAACUUUUAUUUGUUUCAGAAAACUAAAAAUAGAAAAUAAUUUUUAUUUCUGCUGCUCGUACGUUUCCAUAGAGUUCAGAAUUUGCACAACAAAUCUAUCAUUUUAUGUCUCCAUGGUGAUGGAUUUACAAAACAAGUUUAGAAAAUAUAUUUGCAGACAUGCUGACCCCAAACAUUUAAAAAACCAGAUGCUAAAUUCAAUAUGCAGAAAUGAACCAACAUGUUUGACUCAGACAACAAAUUUCAUCAUAAACAUUCAUUUUUGUUUAUUAUAGAUGAAAAUUCAGAUUUAUCAUCUUCUUUGCUCUGCUGAUAACAUUUUAAUAUUCAUUUCCCUUUGGGAUCAAUAAUGCAUUUUUUUGACUAAAUGAAGAUGGUUUUUUUUUUCUAACUUUAAAAGUUUGAGGUUAAAUGUAUUUUUAAAAUGAUACGUUUAACUCAUCACCUGCUGGUUUAACAACAGGAAUUAUGCAGUUAAGUUUGUUUGUCAAUAAGAGAAAGUUUUAUUUUAUUGUCUCAUGUUUUAUAAGUUAAUGUACCAAAAGUAAGAACAUUACUAUAAGAUCAUCUGUUUAUUAUUUUAUGAGUUUUAAUUAUUUUUAUUGCCAGUAAAAGAAGGAUCUAUGCAUCUCAUCAUCGUAUUUGGAAAACGUUUGUUAACUGGAUGAUUUCCACUUCAUGUGAGGCUGUUAUCAUUUUUAAUGCAUCACUUUAUCCUGGUAUGCAGCAAGACGCCAGUUUGGACUCUGUGUAUUUUUCUACUGUUUUGUUUGCCAGUUUGGGGAAGUUUACAGUUUGUAAAUAAUAAAUUUGUAUUUCUU